CGUGUCCCGCGCAGCGCCGCGCAACGUUCGAAAUUCGAAUUCAAAUUUCAAAUUUCGAACUCCGGACACUUCGAAUCCGUUAGAUUCGUAUUUAGACUCUCGUGUGUGUUAUUAUUAGAAUUAGACCGUUUUUUUGUGAUUUGUGAUAGUCGGUUUGAAAUUUAUUGUGACAAGUUGACAACAGAGUGGUUAAAGUUCAAUUCGCGUUCACCUUUGGGUUAAAUGGAUAUUUAGAUUUUAUGAAACUUUGUGAUUUUACAUUUCAAGUGGAUUGUGUGUGUUUGAGACUAAAAGUGACUUGCUCAGUAUAAUAUUGGGACAGACAUGGGACGGCCGCUAGUGACGUGACAUACGAGAUGCAACGCGUCUCUGUGACGCAGUUAUCGACCGUCGAACUAGUGUAGUGCUCCAUCGAUACGUCAGGUUAUACCACGAAUGAACACCCUAAUGCUGACGACGACUGGAUCGGUAGACGAUCAGCCUUUGGACAGCAACAUGUCUUUUUCAUCGUACAACAUGAUGGACUCCGGCGGCGCCAUCGACUCCCCCCCAACCUACCAUCGGAGCUACGAACAAUACGUCCAAGGCGGCGUCGAAAACAGCACCGACUCCACCCAAGAACAACCUAGCCCUGAACUAGUCGUCUGGUCUACCUUACCCUACGGUCUGGACUACAGAACUCAAUACGACUACAGACCUUAUGAGACCAGAGACUAUUCCCCCCAGCAAUACGUUCGGGCGCCAUUUGCAACGAAGAUGGGGCAGUCGAAAGCGCUCAAGGAGGCUAGGAUACGAAGACCAAUGAACGCGUUCAUGGUGUGGGCGAAGGUCGAGAGAAAGAAACUGGCUGAUGAGAACCCGGAUCUGCAUAAUGCGGAUUUGAGUAAAAUGCUAGGUAAAAAAUGGCGCUCCCUGACUCCGCAAGACCGACGACCGUUUGUAGAAGAGGCCGAGAGGCUCCGAGUCAUCCACAUGACGGAGCACCCCAACUACAAGUACCGGCCGCGGCGGCGGAAGCAGAACAAGACGCGGCCUAACCAGCCCGCGCCUCCCGCUAGCGCGCCCCCCACCUCCGCCGCCCUCGGCUCCCCCUAUGCCACUACGACCGAUUCGCCCGACGCACGGUUCUCCCACAACCCAGGCGCCGGCUUCUCGCCUUACAGAACCUCUCCCCUCGCAUCGGAUUACCAGUCCAACCAGUUCAACGGCCACGUCCAAACUCCCGAGUCUUCCCCGGCAAGGUCACCGGAACCCCAAGGACGGAGGAGCGCGCCGGCCGAAGCCCCGCUCCCUACUCCUGACGCGUCACCAGUAGAAAACGAGAAAGAGAACUUCCAGUACGAGGAGCGGCGAAGAGCCAUCAACGCUUCCUCCAUGUCCGAUUCCUACUCCCCUUACAAGACAUACAGGACGCCUGGCUCGUUCUCCCCGGCUCCUGUCGCCGCUAUGGGCAUGGCUAAUGGCAUGUACGUCAUGUGCACGCAAAGGACUUUAGCGGAGCAGCCGCCUCUCGUCACCGGAACGUUCUUCCCUCCUGUCGCGACCUCCCAAGACCAGCAGGCGCUAGGCACGUCCACGCCCAGAGUAUCGUCCGCUCCGAGCGGCCCAAUGAACGCCGAAUACAGCAUCCAGUACCACCCGUACGAAUACGAGCAGAUGUACAAAACGGAGGAUUCCUACGUAGCACAAUCGCACUACCCUGAACAGCCUAAGACCGAGUACGAUACCGGAGGCAGUUACUUCUCAGAAGAGCCGCCUGCCAAUCAGGAAUCGGAGCAAUUCAUGAGCCAGCGGCCUGAGAUCAGGACCGGCUCACCAGAAUCUGAUGUGGAUGCGAGGGAGUUCGAUAAGUACUUGGACUAUGCUCCUGAGCAGAUGGAGCAGCACCAGUAUAGAUACGAGCAGCAGCAGCAGCAAGGGUACAGGGUUUCGCCGUACUGUCCGGAGCAGGCGCCAGGGCCUGAAUACUGUUCUGAGAGGAUGUACCCGUCUCCGUACGCUUCAGUGAUCUCCGGGCCGCCGCCCGCGGCCCCGUACCCCGCGCCCGCCGCGGCGCUGGCCGAGGCUCGAACAGACGACGAGUUCAGCGUCAUCUUGGCCGGGGUCCGGCAGACGUGCUACAGUAACUGAUCCUCUCCAGCCUUCCUAUUAGUAGCCCAAAGAGUAUAUUUCCACAGUUUUGUGAUCGAAUCAAUGUUUAAAUUCCUAGUAAGAAUUAAAUUCUGAAUUAUGACUCUUGCGUUAGUUUGUAAUUGUAAAUGCCUGAAACGUUAUAAAGUUUUCGUAUGACUUAAGUAGGAUGUAGAUUUUGUAUUAUAUUGCCGGUUAUAGGCGACCAUCGUGAAUUAUACUGGAUAUUUAUAAAUUAUAAUAACUUUAGGAUUUCUAUUAAUGUUGGACGCAGCAUGUUGACCAGUGAUUUAGAAUUUAUUUGUGCAAAUAUGUGAAAUAGAAUGUGAUUCUAACUAUCUAUAAUUCUGUUUCGUUAGAACCGAAAAGAAAUUCCUGCAUACCUUGCAACGCUCACGCAAAAUUCUUUGCCGAGAACCGGCCACUUAGUGAUUCUUUCGGAAUAAAUUUUAACUCAUUAGGCUUAUGGUCUAAUACCAAGUGCAUUUUCAAAUAUGGCCGUAGUUUGGCAAAAACUAUCAUGUGAAACCCCGAUUUUUCUGACGACUGCACUUCGGAAAUUAUCUACACUUUGCAUUAGUCCAUUGAAGGCCACAUUUAAUCGUGUUCGGGGCGUCAUCCUAAACCUUGUAGUGAAGGGUAGCGCGCGUCAGUUAACGUAUUUGGCGGUCGAACGGUUAUGCAUAUUUUAUUUCAUUCUGAUUUAAAUUUUGAAAGACUAUAUUGCAGUUUUGCAAUGAUUUAAAAAUCGUCCCCUUUGUAAUAUAUUGGUGCUAUGUAAAUGUCCAUAAUCAGUGGCGUAGCUAGGCGUGGGCGGAUGGGGCCCUUGCCCACGGCCUCGCACUUAGGGGGGCCUCGCAAAGCCAACCUUUUUAUUACCUUGGGAAUGCACAUUGAAAAGGGCCUCAUAGGUGUGGUUUCGCUUCGCCCAUGGCUAGAUUAGUUCACGCUACGCCACUAUCCAUAAUAACACUAAACAUGUAUUUGCACUACGAGACAGCGAUUCCUAUGUAAAAGAUUAUUUAUUUUUAGCUGUCGCACUUUGUAUAUUUCUAGGUAAAAUGAGUUUCGAAAUUAAUGUAACUCUCAAUAGAGUUCUGCUGAAAUUCUAAUAUAAGACGAGAAAGUAUUUUUUUACUAGUUUUAAAACAAUUUUUGGUGAUUAUAUCUUUAUGUUCACUUCCAAAAAUAAAAUAGUAGGUAUUGUAUAAAUUAAUUUUCAAUAUUUCAAUAUGCAAAAAUCGAAAUUACCUACAUUUUUAUUUUUCUUCCUUUUUUUAACACAAUCAAAUACAUUAUUAAUAGGCGCAUGCCACACUGCAUCCGAUUGGCAUGUCGCUCCGAUGUUUGAGGGAGAUAACGCUAUGCACGUAUUAUAGCGACGUGCGAAUCGGAUGCAGUGUGCCAUGCGCCUUAAAGGCUCACACGAAAUUUAGACCAAACUUCACGAAAAUGCGGGGGUGACCCGUUAGAAAUAUUUAUAUUUAAAUAAUUGGGUCAAAAUUAUUUUCGUUGUCUUGUUUUUUGUCCCCAAGAAAUGAGACGGAGAGAGAGACGGCUUUUUGUAUGAGAUAAAAUUUUGUGUUUAUUUUUUCUCAUGUAAAAUAUACAGCUAGAUAGAUAUACAAUAGAACUCGACUUUUUUUAUUUGAUAGAAGACAUAGAUACAAGCGUGACAGAGUGGUCAGAAACAACACAACGUAAAA